UUGACCAAAUUGUGAAUUGAGGAGGUAAGGUUGAACCACGGCAAAGGCGCGCCCUAAUUGCAUUGGCAUAACCAUCGCCGCCAUCCAUCGAACACAAAAUCAGCUCAACGGCGCAGCGCAAGCGAAUACAGAAAAGGGGCAGUGGUUUAUAGGGUUUUGCAAGUACCAUGGAUUCAUUUUCAUCGCCUUCAAGCGGUUCUUCUUCCCAAUUUUCUGCCAAUGAAUUCAGGGAUCAGCUCAAGACUCAGCUUGCUCAGGCCUACGCCGAGGAGUUUCUUGAGACUUUAAGAGUGAAGUGCUUUGACAAGUGCAUCACAAAGCCGGGGUCAAGCCUAAGUGGAAGUGAGAGCAGUUGCAUCUCUAGGUGCAUGGAGCGCUAUAUUGAAGCCACCAGCAUUGUCAGUAGAGCCCUCUUUAAGACACCACACUGAAAGAACAGGUUUUCCUAAGACGUUACGAGGUCGAGGUAUUUUCAGCAACCUACAUUUUUUGUUCCCAGUUCGAAAUUUAUUUUCCAGCUCUAAUAUCCUUCUUGAGGAGACAAUGCUUUUGAUCUGUGCCCCUUAGAUAAUAUUGGUAUCUCAUGUACCUGAUUUGUUAUAUGUGAACUUUGGGUCAAUUAAACUCUCAUUUCUUCUGAUUUAAUAUGCUUCAACUGGGGUUAUUACCA